CCGAUCAGGCACGUGUCUCGCACACAUUCUAGUGCCAUUCCCACCCUCUGCCUUUGCAGCCACUGUUCUAGACUCUCAACCGAUACCUCAUCCACAUCCACCAGCCCAUUGCUCCAAUUAUCCCUGGGCUCACUACAUCGAUGGCCGAAGCUUCAACCGACAAUUCUCCAACCCUUGCUGAGCAAUACUCUGUGAACGAUAAAGAGGAGAAAAAAGAUGUAGGCAGUAAACCUGUGGAAGUUAAAGAAGUUGAAAAUCCUAAGGAGGCUUCUUCUGAGGAAUUUGUUGCUGAGAAAACUGUGAAAACAUCCACUGCACCUGCUAAAGAAAGUAGUGAAGUUGCCCCAGUGGCAGAAGAAAGUGCUGAGCCCAAUUCUGCUGCUUCUGAAGAGAGCAAUGAUGUAACUACAGAGCAUAGUAAUGGAAACACUGGAGAAGAAAACUCUGGUGAUCAAGAAGCAGCGGAAGAGACUCCAGAAAUUAAGCUUGAGACUGCUCCAGCUGAUUUCCGUUUUCCAACUACAAAUCAAACAAGGCAUUGCUUUACCCGAUAUGUUGAAUAUCACCGCUGCAUAGCUGCAAAACGGGAGGGUGCACCAGAAUGCGAGAAGUUUGCAAAGUAUUAUCGUUCUCUCUGCCCUGGUGAAUGGAUUGACAGGUGGAAUGAACAAAGGGAAAACGGAACAUUUCCAGGUCCUCUGUAGCCGAUGUUUGUCUGAAAUGGCUGGCACAAUUUGCUUGUCCUUGUUACAUUAAAAUUUCUGUUCUGCCGAGAGAGAAACUCUCAUGCCUCACAGGAGGUUUAAUUCAACACACUGGGUUAAUAAUAAAUUUUGGCUAUUUAUUCGAAGUAGCUUGAGUUGGAUGCGGAUGCUUCUAUUAUUUAUAGAGUUGUUUUCUGCCA